UGAAGAGAGAGAGAGGUUGCUAGGUGACGGGGCGUAUAUACUGAAUUUUAACAAAAUAACUGGAGAGAGUGUGUGAGAGAGAGGGAGAGAGAGAGACGAAGUGAGGGAGAGUGAGGGACGAAGAGAGAGAGAGAGGGACGAAGAGAGAGAGAGAGAGAGCUAGUCAGCAACAUGUAGGCAGCAGGCUGAGUAGAGUAAAGAAAGGUCGAGACUGCGAGUCUGUGUGAACGUGUGUACUAUUAAGGUAAAAUGUAUCAUUAUUAUUAGCGUAUAUCUAUCUAGCGUUAGCCAACGCAGACCAACCGGGGGAGGGAAAAAAAAAACAAGAAAAACAAAAAGAAGAAGAAAAAAGAAACAGAAAUAAAAUGGACAGCAACGGAAUGGAUGUAGAGUGGGUGAAGUGCCGCGGGGAGAACAGAGUCUCCGGAUCCUGAAACGGUGGUGUAGCUGAAGGAAGCUCGGUGACCCUCAGUCCCUCCACUGUCUCUGCGCCUCGUCGUCAAUGGCGGUGAGGCCCGCCCUCUCGUUCCUGCUGGCCGUGCUGGCGUGCAGCGGGCCGGCCCGGCCGUCCCCCCCGCUGCUGCUCCGACCCCGGGAGAGAGAGAGGGACUCGGGCGGGGCUUCGGGCGGGGUCAACAUCGCCGUGGUCCACUCCGGCUCCUCCCACCUCCCGGAGACGAGCGUCGGUGGGGGCUCAGGGGCGGGGCCGGGGACGGGGGCGAGCGGUCCGAGCCGGGCCUGGUCGGGUCAGGUGGGCGAGAGCGUGAUGACGCCGUGGGGGCCGGCGAACGUCAUCUGGCUGGCGGUGAACGAGAGCAGCCCCGGCAGUCUGCUGCUGCAGCUGUGCGAGCUGCUGGCCACCACGCCGCUGCAGGGGCUGGUCUUCGAGGAGGAGAAGCCGCCGCCCCCCAACCGCGCCCCGCUGGCGCCCAUGCUGGAGUUCGUCUCCGCGCAGACCGGCGUACCCGUCAUGGCUGUGGGGGGAGGAGCCGGUCUGGGCAGGGAACCUCAGGAAAGCGGCUCGGUCUACCUGCAGCUCUCCUGCUCCACAGCCCUGCAGCUGGAGGUCAUCUUCGAGGUGCUGGAGGAAUUCGAUUGGACGUCUUUCUCCGUGGUCACCACCCGUCACCACGGCUACGAGGACUUCCUGGCCAUGGUGGAGGGCAUCACGGACGGCUCCUUCAUCGGCUGGGAGAAGAAGAGCAUGGUGAUGCUGAACGUGACCGACGACCCCGGAGGGGCGCGGACCCGCAGGCUGCUGAAGGAGAACGAGGCGCAGGUGCGACUCCUGUACUGCUCUCACGAGGAGGCGGAGCUUAUUUUUAAGGCGGCGUGGCUGUCAGGGCAGGCCACGCCCUCACACAUGUGGUUUGCCGUGGGGCCGGCUCUGUCGGGACUUGGAGUAGAAGGUCUGCCUAAGGCUCUGUUUACCGUGAGGCCGCAGGGAUGGAGAGACGAGCCGCGCCGGCGCAUCGCUAAGGGGGUGUCGGUGCUGACGCAUGGAGCCAUGGCCUUACGCAGGGAGUACGGCGGGGCCCGAGGGACAAGCUUUGCUGGAAACUGCAUGACAGAUGGCAACCAGACGCAGAGGGUGCCAGACAGGAUCAGGUACUUCAGUAACAUAACGCUAUCUGGGCGAGACUACUCCUUUAAUGAUGAUGGCUAUUUGGCCAAUCCGCUGGUGGAUGUCAUCUCCUACAUGGCAGGGCGGGGCUGGGAGGAGGUGGGCUGGUGGGAGAACGGUGUCCUGCGUCUGCGCUAUCCACCCUGGUCCCGCUACGGGCCCUUCCUUAAGCCCUUGGACGACAGCCAGCACCUGCGGGUGGUCACCCUGGAGGAGAGGCCUUUUGUAAUUGUGGAGCCGGCGGACCCAGGAACAGGAUCCUGCAUCCGAGACUCAGUGCCGUGCCGUCUACCACUCAAUACCAGCAGCGUGGUCGUGGACGGAAUCCAGUCCAUGAAGCACUGCUGCAAAGGCUUCUGCAUCGACGUCCUCAAGCGCCUGGCUAAAAUAGUGGGCUUCACCUAUGACCUCUACCUUGUGACCAAUGGCAGGCACGGGAAGAACAUAAACGGAGAGUGGAAUGGAAUGGUCGGGGAGGUGGUUUCCAAGCGAGCUGACAUGGCGAUUGGUUCACUGACCAUAAACGAAGAGAGGUCAGAGGUGGUGGAGUUUUCUGUUCCUUUCGUGGAGACCGGCAUCAGCGUCAUGGUUUCUCGUAGCAAUGGCACUGUCUCCCCAUCUGCCUUCCUUGAGCCUUACAGUCCUGCGGUGUGGGUGAUGAUGUUCGUCAUGUGCCUGUCGGUGGUGGCCGUAACGGUCUUCAUCUUCGAGUUCUUCAGCCCCGUUGGCUAUAACAGAAGUCUGCAAAGUGGGAAGAAGGCAGGAGGAUCUAAGUUCACCAUAGGGAAGUCUAUCUGGCUGCUGUGGGCUCUGGUCUUUAAUAACUCAGUUCCUGUGGAGAACCCUAGGGGAACCACUAGUAAGAUCAUGGUCCUGGUGUGGGCUUUUUUCGCUGUCAUCUUCUUGGCGAGCUACACUGCUAACCUGGCUGCUUUCAUGAUCCAAGAGGAGUACAUAGACACAGUGUCUGGCCUCAGCGAUAAGAAGUUCCAGCAGCCCACGGAGCAGUACCCCCCCCUCCGCUUCGGCACCGUCCCCAACGGCAGCACGGAGGAAAACAUCCGCAGCAACUAUCCCAACAUGCAUCAGUUCAUGGUGCGCAAUAACCAGAGAGGUGUCGAAGAGGCUAUUGACAACCUCAAAACCGGAAAACUGGAUGCAUUUAUCUACGAUGCAGCUGUGCUGAAUUACAUGGCACGCAAGGACGAGGGCUGCAAGGUAAUGACGAUAGGCUCUGGGAAGGUGUUUGCCACCACAGGAUAUGGAAUCGCCCUGGACAAAAACUCCCGCUGGAAGCGGCCGCUGGACCUGGCGCUGCUGCAGCUGGUGGGAGAUGAUGAAAUUGACAUGCUUGAGCGGCUCUGGCUCUCUGGGAUUUGCCAUAAUGAUAAGAUUGAGGUGAUGAGCUCUAAGCUGGACAUAGACAACAUGGCGGGGGUCUUCUACAUGCUCCUGGUGGCCAUGGGUCUGAGCCUCCUGGUUUUUGCCUGGGAGCACCUUGUUUACUGGAAGCUUCGCCACUGCUUGGGUCGUUCAAAAGGACUGGACUUCCUACUGGCCUUCAGUCGGGGAAUGUACAGCUGCUGCAUUUUUGAGGAUGAAACAGCCCCUGGAGGUUCCCAAAGCACACUUCCCCAGUACCAUCACAUCACCACUAUGCCUCCUCCUCCCCCACCUCAUGUGGUUGCUACAUCUGUAGCCAACCCUCCUAUUGCCAUGGCACAACAACAGCAGCAACAACAGAAACAUCACCAGCAACAGCAGCAGCCAGUGUACAACGCCCUUCUUCCUGGUUCUCCACCAUCAAUCGGGCAUUCUGGCAUGGCCCUAGGACCUUCAAACAGCCCAAUUCUUGGUGCACCCAUGCCAUGUUCCACGUUUUUGCCUCGUCAUGAUCGACGGCUGGCUGUGGUAGAUCGCUGGACACGUCCAAAAACUGGCCCUGAAAAAGCUAGCAUUGUCAGCAGCGCAAUCUCAGACGUUACACAAUUUCCACAGGGCAUGCAUCCUCACUGGGCUACAGUAGGUGGGGGGGAGGGUAGUCUUGAUGAAUAUAAGCGAUACUAUGGCCCAAUCGAUCCAGAGGGCCUAGGAGUCUCUGCAGAACCACAAACUGUAGGUUCCCAAACUCCAAAAAACACACAUCGAACAAAGUCCUCUGGAAACCCAAGGGUGCCUCAGAAAAAGCAACCUCCUGGGCUCAUACCCAUUAACCCAGCUUUACCUCUUCCUUCUUCACCACAGCAAUCCUUCUGGAAGAGAAGCAGUCUCUCAAAAAGGAAAGGCUCAGGAGGACCCCUGUACGAAAACAUCCUUCCAUUGGGGCGCAGAGGUGGGGGCAGGUAUGGCGUGAGGGAAGGAGUGGGUCGGAGAGGCCGUCAUCCACCUCCUUUGCCUCUUCCUGUACCAGUUCCCCUCUCUUCCCCCACACAGACUCCUCCUUCCCCCUCAGCUUCUGUGCACUAUACAUCCAGCUCCUCCAGCACCUCUAGCUCUUCUUCCACCUCUUCAUCUGUUUCAGUUUCACGAUCCAACUCUCCGUCCUACUCCACAUCUUCUUACUCAUCAUCACAGAGUUUCAGGUAUAGGGCUGGUACAAGAGAUGUAUACGAGGAGUACGACACGGACGAGCUAACAGAAGAGUCUAGCCUUCUUUUGGGCAGGAGGAAAAGUCGCUCGCGCAUGUCCUCUCGCUCUCUGCCCUGCAGUCCCCCACCCCCACCAAUCCCACCCCGCAAACCUCACCCACAGAAGGCACAGAUGAGAGACAGAGCUGGAAGCCAGUUGGCGCAACUUCAAGAAUGGUGGGCCUCAUGGGGGGAGAAAGAGAGAAUCAGAAGGGCAGGUGUGAAUCGAGGCAAAGGCAAGGAAGAAAAGCGACAUCAUAAAGAGAGGGAACGGGAGAGAAAGAGAAGGAAGAAGGGCCGAAAGAAAAAGAAAAGGGAGGAGCGUGAGAGGGAGAGAGAGCGCAAGAGGCGCAAAGUGAAGAAGAAAAAGAAAAAAGAAGAGAAGUCAAGAAGAAGGGAGAGAGAAAAGCGACCUGGGCAGGAAGAGGGUGACACUGAGAGGAAAGAAGUAUUUGAAAAAGGUGUAGAACAGGAAUUUACUUCCUACCCAGCACUUAGGCGUAGCUCUUUUCGGAAGAAGAGCGAAAGCUCAAACAGGAGUUAUGAGUGGGACGUAUUGAGAGAGGGAGGGAGGAAGGAAAGAGAUGAUCAAGAGCACGAAGAUGAAGAAGCUGGUAGGGUAAGGGAAAAACACCAUAGAAGUCCUCAAUCUUAUCAACAGUCCAGGCCUAGGUCCAACAGUAAGCGCUAUUCCACUUCAAGCAAACACUCAACAUCAGUAAAAUUCUGGGGGAGUGGGAACCCAACUUCAGAGUCCCCAUCAUCUUUUCUACCCUUGAUUCCUCUUAACUACAAGCGAAGACGGUCUUUUGGAUCAGAGAGAGAGGAACGUGGGAAAGGAGGAGAGAGUCGCCCCCUUUUGGGAAAGAAUGGACGAGGUAAGUCCCGUUCAAGAGAAGGCCUGGCAUUCCAUGAAUGGGAAUCGGAAGAGGAGGAGGAAUCAGAUGAAGAAAGAGAAAGAACCGUGGAACGUGGACGAAGAAGAGAGAGCAGAGGAUUGGAAUCGGAGUCUGAAAGGGAAAGAGACAAAACUGUUGAAAUCUAUACAGAUGAUGAAGGUUCUUCAGGGGAAUUUGGUAAGUUUGAGAGAUACUGGGAGGGACACGAAGGAAGGGCUGUUGGGGGCAUUGGUGGAGGAGGUUGGUUUUUUGGGACGUACCCUGCUAGAGAGAGAGGUGGAAGCAUCAACAGUAGGGAUGACUUUUUUGUGGGAUUGGGAGGAGGUGAGGGUGGCUGGGGUUUUGGAGGAGGAUCAGGAUGGGGCUCUGGUGGUUUAGGAUCUAAUCAGUGGCCACCGCCACCUUUGACUCCCCCACCUCCACGAAGGUACUGGUCUGUGGACAAACUACCUGUGAAAACAGAAAAGAAGUCAAAAAGCAGAAGCCAAGAUAAAAGUCGAGGCCAUACUGCCUGUUCUUGCCAGUCACCCCACCACUCCAAGUGGAACCGGGUGACCUCCCGGAGUCAGGAGGAGCUGGUACUUCACUGCCAAAGUUUCAGCAGCACCACUCGGCCCAAGCGGCAAUCCUCCAAACUAGACCGGGCCCAAAGCCAGGCCAAAUCUGGAAGUCAGUCCAACCUCAGCGUUCAGAGAUCUCAGCGUCCCGAAAGGUCCAGAGAGCAAUCAUCUCCUCCUCAGACUCUACCGCCGUCUUUGCCAUCCCAGAUGGUUCCAGCUCUCCCUGCGCCUCCAUCAUCCUCUCAUCCCAUUCACGUUCCUCCGCCCGCCUCUUCCUCCUCCGUCUCGUCCCCGUCAGCCAUUUCCUCAACACCUGGCGCCCCACAGCCCUCUUCCUUGUCCUCCUCCAGUGCCAAGCUCCAGUACCAGAGACUGCGUUCAGUGCCUCAGCCUCAGAGGUACCAAUCCCCACAUCUUCCCCUCAAAACCAAGAGUCUGUGCUCACGACGAGGAUCUGCCCACUUCUCCAGUGUGGAGAGUGAGGUCUGAGGUGCAUAUUCAAAUGAGUGGACAUUGGCAAACAGCCAGGGGAAUUUAGUUAUCUACUUAGAACGAACUCGUAUUUGCUUACAAUGGGGAGGUGAGCCCCCUUCAUUACUUGCACAAGGCUCUGUUGUGCUUCUGAAGGAAGAGCUGAUCGGGUGUCGCACACAUUGUGGCUUUCCCUUUUUACUACAUAAGAACAGUACUGCCUUGCUGACAAAUCUUGUACGUGUCAGAGGGGAAUUGCUCAAAUGUGACUGGCUUUGCUUCUUUCAGUUCACUGGGGCACUUAGGUGGAGGGAUGGAAUAUUCUGGAUGAAUGUGAUGUGUUUCUUUAAGUGGACUCAGGCACAAGCCAUGGAUUUCUCAAGGGUAGAUUCAGAGGCAGAAACCCUUUUACCAAUGCCCAUAUUGUUCAUCUCUUUCGGCUAUUUGAGCUUUGAGUCCUGACAUAACCGCUGUGUGUAUUUGUAUCUCAAGGGAUGCGUUCACUUAAAAAGGUAGCAGUUUUCAUUUGGUUACCCUCGAAACACAUCCCCUACCUCUGUUGACUCGCAUCUAGCAUUCUGUGUGUUUAGGUCAGUGUGUUUAUAUACUUAACAACAGGGUAAGUCAACUUUGACUGAUCUAAUAUUUGCUUAUUAAAGCUGAGUGCCAAACCUAAGUACAGCUUACGCACCAUCAUAUCAUAAUUAGAUCUCUUUCUCCUCCCUUGAGCAAUACAUUAAUUAUAUACAAUGAAGCAUUCAAUACAUUAAGUUUUACAUUACGUUAUUUUAAAUAUUUAUAUAUAUACACUCAUCAUCAUUUAAAAAAUAGUUUUUUUUCCAGAAGGAACUGUCUGAUUGCAGUGUUAUUAAGAUGGAAGAGGAAGUUUACCAGAAACAAUAAAUAAUAAAAAAAUUUGAUUGGGCAAUAUUUAUUGAGUAACACAUAUAGAAGUAUUGUUUUGUAAUGCCUGUGUAACACAACAUGCCACUCAAAGGUAUAAGCAGAAAGGCAGGGGGUCAUUAUCAGUGACUAGUUCUUCAAAGAAUGUGGUCAGUGCCAAGAUUUGAACAGUUUGUUUUCAUAUGCCAAACUCCAUUAGGAACCUCUACAACUCCAUGCAGAGAGUCUGGAAUGUUACACAUGCUUGUCACACUGCAAAUGUACAUGUAGCUCAAUAGCUAUUGCCUAUCUCUGUCAAAUUUUUACCAAGCCUCUAUUGAAUAAGCACCAUCGUGAUUGUGCCAAGAGUGGCAAGGAAAAGCUCCCUCAUACUAAGAGGAAGAAACCUUGGGAGGAACCAAGACUCAGUAAGAGGAACACAUCCUUCUUUGGUCGACCCGGACAGCACAAACACAACACAGAACAAAUCAUUUUUUAUUGUUCCAGGUAACUAUUAUAUCCUUCCAAACUGCACUGCAAUCCGACACUAUUUAAAAAAAAAUGGUGAGUGUCUGUAGUUAAAGUGUGUGUGUGUGUGUCCAUGCAUUCUAGUCCAAGACAGGUUUGUCGAUGAACAUAAGCACUGUGCUACAUUACAGUGGGGGCACACGACGCAACAUUUCAACUACCUAAACAGUCAAGGGCAGCCUUUCUCCUCACGACUGAAUGUACACGUUGCCAUGACAACACAGUGUGCUGCAACCAAGAAGACACUUUAAGAUCGUAGCAUAUCUUUUUUUUUUGGGGGGGGGAGGUCUUCGGCACCCGGGUCUGGACUGGACGUCUUCAAAUUGGUUCGAAAGCAUGUAGAUAGCAGAGCUAGCCAUACUGCAGCACUGUACCCUCGAUCAGAUGUCAGCGUUUAGAUGUGCGACAUGCCAUUAUUCCGAGAGCGAUAAGCAGGAGAGCACUGUUUACAGUUUAGCACUGUGUUUUUACACCUUUUUUACUAACUGCUCUGCUCUGUCACUUUACUAGUUAAUUUGAUAUCCAUGCGCGUGUGGUUCAUACUAGUCACGGCAAAAGUCGGGGAGGAAAAAGAAAAAAAAGAACAAAACGGACGCGCUAGGUUCAUGAAAUGUGAAGAGAUUUAUAUCGAUGUUUUUGUCUGUAAAUCUUUUCUGCUCGAGAGAAACCCAGAAAAAAAAAACAAAAAAAAAAAACUUUCUGGUUCUUGAAGCAUAAAGCUAUGACUGAUGAUCAUGACUUUGGAAGACCUUGAAAGACAUUUACAAUUGUUUGAAUUGAUUUGGCUUUACCAUUAGUCUAGUGCUAGCAUUUGAAGUGAUUGCUACGACUGACUGUGAAUACUGCUAAGGGCACUUGCAUGUUGGGACCAGGCCUGAGUCAAAUAUGUGUUUUUUAUGUGUUUAAUAACAUGUUAAAACAGUUCAGUUUUAGCAUUGAUUCCUCAUUUAUUACCCCCUUGAUUUGUCUGCCCUUGUCCUAUGUUUUUUAUUUUUUUUAUUUCAACUUUUCUUCAGAGACUUUCUUCAUAUAUACAGUAUAUAAACAUAUUUGACCCAGUCCUGAGCAAACACCAACAGGCUAAUGUUGUUUGUUUGUGUGCUUGUGACUGCAUCUGAGCCAUAUUAAGCUUACUGUUGUAUGCUGAGCUUUUCAAACGUAGUACUAAUUAAUUGGAGUAUAUAUUGUUGCCAUUAGGCUGAACAAUAAUGUCAAGAUACUGUAAAGCAGUUAAACUCUCACUCUAUUGACUGUGAUGUACAUAUAAAGGGCAGUGCCAUGACUUUUUUUUUUUUUUUU